CUACCUGUGCUACCAUGCUCCAACCCUCCAGUCCCUCCGUGUCACCACUCUGGAGUCAAGAUGAGUGCUGAUUAUUUUGGAUUCUCCUGGUUGCGCAGCGAUCAUCAGCAGAGAAGUAAAAAUGAUGUGGUUCUCAACAAUGCAGCGGAUAUAUCGGUUAUCGUGAUUUACUUUUUGGUUGUUCUCGCAGUGGGAGUAUGGGCUAUGGUUCGAACCAACCGAUCCACAGUGGGUGGAUUCUUCCUGGCUGGACGCAGCAUGGUGUGGUGGCCGAUUGGAGCAUCCCUUUUUGCUAGCAAUAUCGGCAGCGGCCAUUUUGUUGGCAUCGCCGGUACAGCUGCUGCGGGAGGGAUAGCCAUCGGUGGAUUUGAAUGGAAUGCGCUUGUCGUGGUGGUCAUUUUAGGAUGGCUCUUCGUUCCUAUCUAUAUCAAAGCCGGGGUGGUGACCAUGCCAGAGUAUCUGAAGAAACGGUUCGGAGGCCAGCGCAUUCGUGUCUACCUCUCUGUGCUGUCCCUCUUCCUGUAUGUCUUCACCAAGAUCUCCGCAGACAUGUUCUCAGGGGCUAUCUUCAUCAACCUAGCAUUGGGACUCAACAUCUACCUGGCCGUCAUAUGUCUUCUACUGAUAACUGCUCUGUACACAGUCACAGGGGGCCUGGCCGCAGUCAUCUACACAGACACCCUGCAGACCAUCAUCAUGGUGGUGGGAUCCUUCAUCCUCAUGGGCUUCGCAUUUAACGAGGUGGGGACCUACGACGACUUUCAGAGGCUGUACAUGCAGGCCGUGCCCAACAUCACCGGUAAUAUCAGCGCUGAGUGCUACGAGCCCCAGGCCGACUCCUUCCACAUCUUCAGGGACGCCGUCACAGGGAACCCGCCAUGGCCAGGCCUGAUAUUUGGACUGACCAUCCAGGCCGUCUGGUACUGGUGCACGGAUCAGGUCAUUGUCCAGCGCUGCCUCUCGGCCAAGAACCUGUCCCACGUGAAGGCGGGCUGUAUCCUGUGUGGCUACCUGAAGCUCCUGCCCAUGUUCCUCAUGGUGUUCCCCGGCAUGAUCAGCAGGAUCCUCUACCCCAACGAGAUUGCGUGCGUGGAUCCCGAUGAAUGCCUGAAGUUCUGUGACGCCAGCGUGGGCUGCACCAACCUCGCCUACCCCAAGCUGGUGGUGGACCUCAUGCCCAACGGUCUGAGGGGUCUCAUGCUGUCGGUGAUGCUGGCGUCCCUGAUGAGCUCCCUGACCUCCAUCUUCAACAGUGCCAGCACCCUGUUCACCAUGGACAUCUACACCAAGUUCCGCCGCACCGCCUCCGAGAAGGAGCUCAUGCUCGCUGGCAGGGUGUUCAUGCUGGCCCUCAUUGGCGUGAGCAUCGCCUGGAUCCCCAUCGUCCAAUCGGCGCAGAGCGGCCAGCUGUUUGACUACAUCCAGUCCGUCACCAGCUACCUGACCCCGCCCAUCGCCGCCGUCUUCAUUCUCGCCGUCUUCUGCAAGCGUGUCAACGAAACGGGUGCGUUCUACGGCCUAAUGAUCGGCCUGGCCAUCGGCCUCUCCCGGAUGAUCGCCGAGUUCGCCUUCGGGACGGGAACCUGCGCCCAGCCCAGCGACUGUCCCGAAAUCAUCUGUGGCGUGCACUACCUCUACUUCUCCAUCAUCCUCUUCAUCAUCUCCUGCAUCCUCAUCGUGGGAAUCUCCCUGGCAACCAAGCCUAUCGACGACAAACACUUGUACCGGCUGUGCUGGAGUCUCAGAGACCGCACGGAGGAGCGGAUCGACCUGGAGGAAGAAGACUGGGUCGACAACCAGGACUCGGCCUCCAUGGAUGUGGAAGAGCCGUCGGAGGCGCCCGGCAUGUUCAAGAAGGCCCUGAUGUGCUUCUGCGGCCUGGAGACAGAGAAGGCCCCCCGCCUCAGUGCGGAGGAACAGGCGGAGAUGCAGAGGAAGCUAACGGACACCUCGGAGAAGCCUCUGUGGAGGAACAUCGCCAACGCCAACGCCCUCAUCCUGCUGUGCGUCUGCGUCUUCCUCCACGGCUUCUUCGGCUGAGGACGCCGAUACGUGGAUGCGUUUUUCUCCCUGAGAAUGACCUGAUUGGCAGCCGGUCAGGGGACUGAACUCGGGACAAAGUGACUCUCUCUCUCUCUCUCUCUCUCCGUCUCUCUCUGUCUCUCUCCCUUUCUCUCUCUACCUCUCUGUCUCUCUCUCCUUCUCCCUCUCCCUCACCCUCUCUCUCUCUCUCUCUCUCUCUCUCUCUCUCUCUCUCUCUCUCUCUCUCUCUCACUCUCUCUACCACUCUCUUUCUGACUCUCUGUCUCUGUCUCUCUCUCUCUCUCUCUCUCUCUCUCUCUCUCUCUCUCUCUCUCUCUACCUCUCUUUCCUUCUCUCUCACUACCAGUCUGUUUCUUUCUCUGUCUGUCUCUCUACCACUCUUGCUCACUCUCUCUCUCUCUCCACACACACACACACACACACACACACACACACACACACACACACACACACACACACACACACACACACACACACACACACACACACACACACACACACACACACACACACACUUGCACGAAUACAAGCACUCAUGCACGCCCACACACAAACACUGCACUCCCUUAAACGUAUGUGUUGUGGUUAUCGGAUGUAUAUAUAUAUAUAUAUAUAUAUAUAUAUAUAUAUAUAUAUAUAUAUCUGCUCAUUGUUGUAAUAUGAAGUAAAAUCUGAAUCUGGUAUUAUUUUAUUGCUGCAUAUUAUUAUAUAAUAUGUAAGACGUAACCGUAUUUUACAGUACUAAUCAAAAAUCUGUAAAUCAUUAGGUAUUGUAUAGGAUCCUUCGGUUUUGAUUUUGGAUGUGAUCUGUAAUUAUUGCAUAGAACACAUUCACUAUAAAUACUACAGUUUGACGUUGUGAAUAAAACCUCCCUGUUAUUAACUCA